GAAACGGGAGUGAUCUGAGAACGGAGCCAGCACCAUGAGCCUCCUCAACAAACCCAAGAGCGAGAUGACACCUGAGGAGCUGCAGAAGCGGGAGGAGGAAGAGUUCAACACGGGGCCGCUCUCAGUGCUCACGCAGUCGGUCAAGAACAACACGCAAGUGCUCAUCAACUGUCGCAACAACAAGAAGCUCCUGGGCCGCGUGAAGGCCUUCGACAGGCAUUGCAACAUGGUGCUGGAGAAUGUGAAGGAGAUGUGGACUGAGGUCCCCAAGAGUGGCAAGGGCAAGAAGAAGUCCAAGCCCGUCAACAAGGACCGGUACAUCUCCAAGAUGUUCCUGCGCGGGGACUCGGUCAUUGUGGUCCUGCGGAACCCACUCAUCGCCGGCAAGUAGGGGCCUGCUCCCACCCCAGAACCACUGCCCGCUGCCCUGUGAAGACCUGCCCCUGUGUUGGAAACAAUAAAGUCUCUUGUGUUUUUU